UUCACAGUACUCAUCUGAACAGAAUCAUCAUGCUACGUCGAAAAGUUGUGCUUAAGUUGGUCCUAUUGAUAGGCAUUUUGCAAGGAUCUAUCUCACUGGUCGCCAGUAAGUGUGAUGGGGUGUGCGUAAAACUUGAUGAAUGUGACAAUGGGUUCGGUGGAAUCAAUUUCGUCAACUUGAGGUUCGGCGAAGAAGACUACGUGGAAGCGGAAUGUCCUCAUUACUUGGAAGUAUGUUGCGACGCAGAUAGUGUUGUAACAACUCGUGCUCCUCCAGUGGCAAACGAAAGUAACGAAAGGACACUCCCAAAACCGAAUGGCGAUGGGAAUAACUCAAACCCGAAUGAAGAUGAGAAUAACUCCAACGAGAAUAACGCUGGAAAUGGUAAUGCAGAAUCAGAAACAGUUGCAACUGGGCUAAAUGACAUUGCGGAAGGACCAAGGACAAAUACCAUUGAGGAUGACCCAGUAAAAGAUCUGAUUGAGGACAACGGAGUACGCUCCCUUAUCACGAAGCAAUUUGGUGAGUGUGGUAUAAGAAACCCAGAAGGCAUCAAAUUCAGAAUUCAAAACUCCAACCUCAACGAAACCGAAUUUGGCGAAUUCCCAUGGAUGGUAGCAAUCUUGCAAAGCCAGUUGAACUUAGAACAACCAGAAUCGUCAUAUGCUUGUGGAGGAUCAUUGAUUGCACCGAAUGUAGUACUAACUGCUGCACAUUGCGUGAUGGACAAAGAACCACAAAAGCUAACGGUCCGAGCCGGUGAAUGGGAUACUAUGACUACGAAUGAAGUUCUGCCCUACCAGGAAGAACCAGUAUCACGUAUAAUUUUGCAUCCUCAUUUCAAUCGGAAUAUGCUGUUCCACGACGUAGCCUUGUUAGUGCUCGAGACACCAUUUUCUGCAGCGGAUAAUGUCCAGUUGGCUUGCUUAGCACCACAAGGAAUGGUCUUUAAGAACAAUGAUUGUUUCGCAGCUGGUUGGGGAAAAACUGCAUUUGACGCACAAAGCUAUCAUGCUAUCCUGAAGAGAGUUCCAUUGCCUAUAAUACCCAAAGCGGAAUGCCAAACUGCAUUAAGAACUACCAGACUCGGACCGAGAUUCCGCCUACAUGAGUCAUUUAUCUGCGCCGGCGGUGAGGAUGGAAUCGACACCUGCACAGGUGACGGUGGAUCACCACUUGUUUGUCCAGUUGCGGGAUCCGAGAGCAAGUAUUAUCAAGCCGGGAUCGUAGCAUGGGGCAUCAGUUGUGCCCAUGAAGGUAUUCCAGGAGUUUACGUGCAAGCUAGUUUGUACACACAGUGGAUCGAUGAGGAACUAGAAAAAAUCAAUUAUAUGAGCGUUGAUAGAAGAAACAAUUUAUAAGAAGAUACUGAAUCUUAAAACUGUUGUUAUCAGGGAAAAUAAAGGAAAAUUUCAAACUG